UAAACUCAUUAAUUUUUUUUUUCAAUUUUCCGCCAAAAAAUCAGUAAAGGCGGCAAAUCCCUCAAAAACCUCCUCCAAAAUAAGGUUUUUCUUUUUCCAUUGCAUCGAUCUCUUCUAGGAUUUCUCUAUUGCGGCUUUACAUUUCGUUACUCUCUGCUAAUCAAUUCCUUAUCUAUUCAGUUCACUGUCCUUGUUUGAGAAGUAGUGUUUGAGUUAGAAGAAUUUGUUGACGUUAGAGCUUUUGUUUGUUGCCACAGCAUACAAGGUACUUACCUAAUAAGUAUAUAAUGGAUAAAAGUUGGAUGCAUUACUAAGAGCGUAAUGGCACUAGUUUCUCAUAUGCAAAGUUCUAAGAAUGGACUUUCGCUUCUGGCUACAAUUUUCAGUAUGGUUACAAAGUCAACUACUUCAUAUGAGACAAGUCCUGCAAGUUUUAUGGAUGACAGCCGGUUGAUGGAAGAUUUACAAGGAAAGCAAAAGCAAAAAUCAGAGAUGCAAAAAGAACUGGAUCGCUUAAACGACAACUUGACUUUUGAGAAGCAAAAUUUAGAAGUGGCUGAUUGUGAUUGUGAUAUAUUCAGAUCUUUGUGCAAUGAAAAAAAUGCAGAGCUUCAGGUUGCUUUAACAGAGAAGCGAAACUUAGAAUUGCGAUUUUCAUAGUUGCUGGAUCCUCAGGGUUUGAAAAAAAAAAUCCAAAAGAGUUGGUUGAAGCAAAUAAUCAGGUCUUAGAAAAGUUUCAAGAAGAGUUGAAAGUUCGUUCUAUGUUGCGUACUGCAUAAGAGACAAAGAAGAGACUUUUGAGUGAAAAAGCAUCGCUUGAG